UCCGCCCCCCUUCCUUUCCCAAGUGCUCGCAAGCCAGCGGCCACCGCCGUUUUCGCGGCGAGCAGAUCCGUCCAAUCCGUGCAGGAGCAGGCCACCGCUCCGGUACGGACGCCGCGUUCCCUAGCCUUGCCCACCCUGCCGCUGCCGGCGUGUCCAUCCCGUAUCGCGCGUCAACAUCUGCCCCCAACCUCCAACCCUUGAUCCGAUUCGACUAAAUUUGGUUGAAUUCGGCAAGGCGUGAGCUCUAAUCGGGCGGGCGGGUCUGCUCGUGGUUCGUGUAGGGUUGGUGUCUCGGCGGCCGGAACUUGGCUGGGCAUGCCACCGAUGGAGUAGUUCUAGGGUUGGAUUUAGUACGGUGGCUUGAGGCGAUGGUGGGCGGGGGGAGGAUGAAGGGCGUGGAGGGAAGCGGCGAGGGCGAGGAGAGGGAUGGGGAGGAGCGGGACGAGCUGGAGCUCGCACUGUCGCUGGGGCCGCGGGGGUGGCAUCCGCCGCCACCACCGCCCCUGCCCGCACCCCCCUUGAGAUGGACCAUGGUCUUCCCUCCAUGGGGCCCCGACGAGGCUGGGAGUUCGCAGGCUGCUGAGAGGAUUUGGGACUCACCACCUGUCCCACCUCUCAGGUUCGGUGACAUUUGGCGAGGCGCUGCGGAUGCAGAGGACCGCAACAAUGACGAGGAAGAUAAGGAGAGUGAGGAUGGAGAGAGGGAGCUGCACAAUAAACGUCCUAGAGUGCUAGGCUUUGGCGAUGAAAGUCCACAACAUUCUAGUGUGAAUGCAACGCUCUUUGGAUUUGAACCACCAUGUUUGCAUGCUUUUUCUGAACAUCAUGAUCAUCCGAAGCUGUCACAUUGUCUGGAAAGUGAAUUGGAUUUUGGGUUGUCACUUUUCUCAAAUGAUGGUGGAAAGGAGAUACCAAGGGAGACCAAUAAUCAGCGUGUCGGCGAUGUAGAAAAAUUAGGCGGAAAAAAUGCAGAAGAUACUGAAAUAAGAAUGGACCUAUCUGAUGAUCUCUUGCACCUGAUAUUCUCUUUCUUGUGCCAGAAAGAUUUAUGUAGAGCAGGCGCUGCAUGCAAGCAGUGGCAAUCUUCUAGUGUACAUGAAGAUUUCUGGAAAUGUUUGAAGUUUGAGAACACCAGAAUAUCUCUGCAGAACUUUGUUAAUAUUUGCCGCCGUUAUCAGAAUGUGACAAUUCUCAAUUUGUCUGGUGUCAUGGAAGCAGAGGAAUUAGUGAUGAACGCAAUAACAUUCUUAAGGCAUCUUAAGACCUUAACAAUGGGCAAGGGACAGCUGGGAGAUACAUUUUUUCAAGCUUUAGCUGAAUGCCCAUUGCUGAAUACUUUAACAGUCAGUGAUGCAUCUCUUGGUAGUGGCAUUCAAGAAGUAACAGUUAAUCAUGAUGUACUGCGUGAACUUCAAAUUGUGAAGUGUCGCGCACUCAGAAUAUCUAUCAGAUGUUCACAACUUCAAAUACUGUCUCUGAGACGAACUGGCAUGGCUCAUGUAUCUCUCAAUUGUCCUCAAUUGCUUGAAUUAGAUUUUCAGUCCUGCCAUAAGCUUUCUGAUACUGCAAUUCGUCAAGCAGCUACAGCCUGUCCUCUGUUAACAUCACUAGAUAUGUCAUCCUGUUCAUGUGUUACUGAUGAGACAUUGCGUGAGAUAGCUACUGCAUGUCACAGUCUUUCUGUUCUUGAUGCAUCUAACUGCCCCAACAUUUCAUUUGAGUCGGUAAAGCUUCCGAUGUUGAUAGACUUGAGACUAUCAAGUUGCGAGGGAAUAACAUCUGCUUCAAUGAGUGCAAUAUAUUUUAGUCGUAUACUUGAGGCAUUGCAACUUGAUAAUUGUAGUCUGCUGACAUCUGUGUCCUUGGAUCUGCCACAUCUCAAAAACAUUAGUCUUGUGCACCUGCGCAAGUUUGCCGAUUUGAAUCUGCGGAGCCCUGUUCUUUCUUACAUCAAAGUUUCCAGAUGUUCAGCACUUUGUUCGGUCACCAUAACAUCAAAUGCCCUUCAGAAACUGGUGCUUCAAAAACAAGAGAGCCUUUCUAGUCUAUACUUGCAAUGCCACAAUCUAACUGAAGUGGAUCUUAGUGAUUGUGAGUCAUUGACAAAUGAAAUUUGCGAAGUUUUCAGUGAUGGGGGUGGUUGCCCUAUGCUCAGGUCAUUAAUUCUUGAUAAUUGUGAGAGUCUGAGUGCUAUGGAACUGAAUAAUAGCUCCUUGAUUAAUCUCUCACUUGCUGGUUGCCGUUCGAUGACAUUCCUGAAACUUGCGUGUCCAAAGCUUCAAAUGGUUAAUCUUGAUGGUUGUGAUCAUCUUGAAAGAGCAUCAUUUUGUCCCGUUGGUCUCGAAUCCCUAAAUCUUGGAAUUUGUCCAAAGUUGAGCGUUCUACAUAUAGAGGCUCCAAAUAUGUCUAUAUUGGAGCUAAAGGGCUGUGGUGUCCUCUCCCAGGCUUCAAUUAAUUGUCCUCACUUGACAUCUUUAGAUGCCUCUUUCUGCAGGCAGCUUAUGGAUGAUUCGUUGUCUAGAACAGCAGAGGCAUGCCCUCUUAUUGAACAUCUUAUCCUGUCGUCAUGUUUAUCCAUUGACAUCAGUGGAUUAUCUUCUCUACAAUGUCUUCAUAAGCUGACUUUUCUUGACCUAUCAUAUACAUUUUUAAUGAACUUGAAGCCGGUGUUUGACAAUUGUCCACAGUUAAAGGUCUUGAAACUUUCAGCUUGCAAGUAUCUGAGUGAUUCAUCUUUAGAUCCACUCUACAGAGAGGGUGCUCUUCCGAUGCUUGUUGAGCUUGAUCUGUCCUACUCAUCUAUUGGGCAGAAUGCAAUAGAAGAGCUGCUUGCAUGCUGUACAAAUUUGGUUAAUGUGAACUUAAACGGAUGUACAAACUUGCAUGAAUUGGUGUGUGGUUCAGAAUAUUCCUGGUCUAUUGAUAUGCCAGUUGAUGUUUACCCCUCUGAUUCUGCACCAGAGAAGAUUAAAGAUAUCAAUGGGAGGCCUGAUUAUCUGCUCGAAGUUCUCAACUGUACUGGUUGUCCAAAUAUUAAGAAAGUUGUUAUUCCUUCAAUGGCGAAUUACCUGAAUUUGUCCAAAAUCAACCUUAAUCUGUCUAUAAAUUUGAAGGAAGUUGAUCUGAAGUGCUCCAACCUUUACAGUUUAAACCUGAGCAAUUGUAGUGCACUAGAGAUUCUGAAGCUUGAUUGCCCAAGAUUGGCAAACCUCCAACUUUUGGCAUGCACUUUGUUGCAAGGGGAGGAACUAGAAUCUGCACUAUCCUUUUGUGGUGCUUUGGAGAUCCUUAAUGUACACUCUUGUUUGAAAAUAAGCUCGUGGGAUUAUGGCAGACUACAGGCUGUUUGUCCAACCCUCAAGCGCAUCCAGAGUGGCCCCAUUGCAUAGUAUGAAUGAUGCUGCUUUCUUAAUGGACUAGAAUCAAUUAGUCCAGAUUUGAAUAAAAAAAAGCCCAUUGCGGCACUCUCUCUACAUACUAAUGCAGCAUUGCGAAUAUAUUGCUUGGCAGCAUGUAUUAGGAGCCAGAGCUGAUGCAAGCCUAUUUCUCCAAUGGAUAAGUACCUAGCUGAAUCUGUUUCGUUGUUGGAACAAGGAAACUGCUUUCCUUUGUUUGUUUGUAUUUGCUUUUGAAGUGCAGCGAUUAAAUGACCAGAGUUGUAUUCCCGUUUAUAUGAAUAAUCUUAUUGUAUCUGAACUAGAAUGUAUGUUCCAUUUGAGAAGUGGUGUGCUAACCGGAGAUGCAUUCAUGUGCAUAUGCUCCUGCCACCGUAAACAACAAUUUAAAACGUUACAAAAAUUCUGGAUAAAUUUUUUGCCCAUA